AUGGGGCCGUCUCCGCCCCUCUUGCGCCUGCUACUGCUGCGACGGCUUCUGCGUGCGUCCCACCGUCGUAUUAGCAGCCUCAAUUCGAGCAUUGUGCGCAGCAUGUCAGCCGAGCCCAUCGACCCAGAAACAGAAAUGGCCUCCUGGUUUGUUUCUGGCAUGCCUCGAACCGAGGUGCGCCAGAUGGCCAUGGACAUGUUGAAGAAGGGCCGCCCCGGCAACUUUUUGAUUCGUGACGUCAAAAGCGAGCCCAACUGUUACGGCAUGUCCGUGCGCACCACACAAAACAAGCUCGUCAACUACCUCAUCGAGAAGCGCGCCCAGCCACCCGGCUUUUGCAUCCGUGGCACCAAGCGCACCUUCCCCACCGUUGCCAAACUGGUCGAGUUUUAUGCCCAGGAGAAGCGCCAGGCACUCGGCCUCAAGCUCGUGCCCACGGAUCACAGCCAGUUCAUGCACGCCUCCUCAUCCGAUGACUCAGACGACUCGGACCACGGCGACGCCCGCCAUCCCCACAAACCCCCCGGCCCCGGCGACUUUGCCCCCGACUCAGAUUCGGACGACGGCGACGGCGGCAUUCUGGGCCAAUCCCAGGAACCAUCCGCCAUUGGCACGCGUAAGGGCAUGUCCGAUUCUGAGCGCUGGGCAGCCAAUGCUCGCCGUGAGGAGGAAGAAUACCAGCGCACCCUCGGACGAUCCACCAAGCGCCGCACCUCGCGCCAGGCGCUGUCCACCCACGGCCAUGGCGAUGAUCAUACCAGCCACCGCAGCGUUCGGGCCGCACGCCGCUCGGUCGAUGAUGGCGAAGACAAGCGCGAUGCGCGCGACCACCCUCGUGAUCGUGAUCGCGACCGUCACCGCCACCAGCCCAAAUCGCUCCGAUCCGUUCGCUCCACCCGUUCUGCCAUCAGCACAGCCCGCAGUGUGCACAGCCUGCACAGCGCUCCCAACCACCCAGCCCUUGCGACGCAUUACGGCUACGAUCCCCACUAUGGCGCCCUACCCAUGUCCAUGCAUCCGCAUCACCCGGUUCUGCAGCAAUCACAGCCACAACUCGCACACCCCGGUCUCAUGGGCGGCGCCCACGGUGCUUAUCCGGGGGUGGCGCCUUAUGGCGGCCCUCGACCCAGCCUCGGCUACUCAGGCUUGCCUCCCAACGCCCAGCCUACGGGCACACAGCUUCGAGCGGCCGAGGCGCAGCUGGCCCUCAUGCGGGCCGAGGCUGAAAUGUAUCAGGCCCAGCUACGUGCAGCCGAGACCACACUGCGCCUUCAUCAGCGGCGAGCCGAGGAUAGCGCUGAGCAGGACCGAUACACCGCGCAAGCAAACGCCAUCGCCACGGGUGACUUCUCACACCGGGGUAGUACCCACUCGACCACGGGCAGCGCUUCCAACGGCGGCAGCGCCGUUGUGACGGCGUCCGCCCGCGCUCACACGCCAGUCGAGGCCUCCAAUGUCACCCCCACGCCCCCGGCCACACUCCCCAGCCCUCAUCGCUCAGGCUCGGCGCCCACGUCCAUCAGCCGUAAUCGCACCCCCGACUCGAUGGACCAGGACGCCGAGUUUGACAUUGAGCAGCAAACGCGCCUGAUCGAAGCAGAGGCCGCGGCACUCACCCUGGCCGUCGAGGACAUGCGACGUAGUCAAGAGCACCUGGAUCGAGAUGAACCGGCCUCAGCCGUCUCCCCCACGUCCGAUGAUCAGCCCGAUGACCCAGACUCCUUCAACAAGUCGGUCCGAUUCGCCGACAACCCCGUGUUGAUGGCGCGCUCGCCUCGCCCUCUGCGCCGACAGCGCACCCGCGAGACCCCAGCAGAGCAAACGGGAUCAGACUCCACCACAGUGACAGUAGACACCUCGGUGGCACCGGGGUCUGGAACGUCUCAGGCGCCCUCAGCUCCCAAGUCGAUUCUUAUGAACACCACUUCGCCCACCCCCGUGGACGAGAACGACCCAAAUCCUGCAGGAGGUGGGCGAAGUGUCCAAGAGCAAUUGGCCGUGUACCUGCGUCGACUCGAUCAGCGUGAAUCGGAACGGCGCGUUGAGUUUGAGGUGCAUAUCACCGAGAUGCAACAGCAGGCGCGCAGCAAGCCGUACAAUCAGCGGAUCCAGGCAGAGAUGGAGAUAGAUCGGUUGGAAAUGCAAGAAAUGGAGCGACGCCGUGAAUGGGAGCGACACCGCGAGGAGCGCGAGGCGCGUUAUCUGGCCAACCCAAAACUGGCCGAGGCUAACCUCUUGCGUGAGAGUGGUGGCGCCCUGCCUAACACGGACGCCGACAUGGAUGCUGAUGACCUAGCCUCGGGGGCUCGCAUGAUGGGGAUUGUUCAGCGUCUUCGUACCAAGUUUCAAGCACCAGCCGAGGAUCAAAAGCGCAAGGCCCAUGUCAUGACCUGGAAGGUGAAGGAAACUGACGUGCGCAAGGCCGUUGUACCCUAA